AAAGAUGGGACUUGGACCGACGGGUCACAUGCCUUUCUUCUGCCACAACGGAGACCCCCUGUCGCAGCCGCCCCCAGCACACAUGGGCAUCCCACCGUACCAGCUGGACAGCAAGGGCGCGGGCGCCAUGGGUGAGUACGGGGGCUCACCCCAGCCGCAGCCCCUCAGCCCCGCCGAAUGGAGACGUCUCGGGCCGCUGCUCGCCGCCACAGGUCUCACUCGACCCCCUAUGUACCCCUUCUCUGCUGGCCAGUACCCUUACCCCAUGCUCAGUCCGGAGAUGUCUCAGGUGGCGACCUGGCACACACCGAGCAUGUACCCCCUGUCGCCGGGAGCUGGCUUCAGGAGUCCCUACCCCAGCACGUUACCGAUCUCGACCAGCAGCCUGCCCAGCGAUUUCUACCGGUUCUCCCCGACCGGGCUGAUCCAGCCGCACCCAGGGCUGUCGCCGCACCCGCCCCACCUGUCCUCCCAUCCCGCCAUCGUCACGCCGGGGCCCAAACAGGAGCUGCCCGACCUGAACCACAGGUCGCAAAUGGACCACAAGAACAACAUUGACGGGAAGAACAACCAAGACAGUAACGAGAAGAAGAAGCCUCACAUAAAGAAACCCCUGAACGCUUUCAUGUUGUACAUGAAGGAGAUGCGCGCCAAAGUGGUGGCCGAGUGUACCCUGAAGGAGAGCGCCGCUAUCAACCAGAUUCUGGGACGACGGUGGCACGCGCUGGGCCGCGAGGAGCAGGCUAAGUACUAUGAGCUGGCCCGCCGCGAGAGGCAGCUGCACAUGCAGCUCUACCCCGACUGGUCGUCCCGCGCCAACGCCACUCGCGGCAAGAAGAGGAAGCGCAAACAAGACCCCGCCGAUGGAGGUAACAGUAUGAAGAAGUGCAGAGCCAGAUACGGAUUGGAUCAGCAGAGUCAGUGGUGCAAGCCUUGCAGGCGAAAGAAGAAGUGUAUACGAUAUAUGGAGGCAGGAGAUGGAAAUGAUGGGAAUCAAUCCGACGACAACCUAGGCAGCUGCGGCAGCAUGGGGGACGCCCACACCCCUCCCGAAGACGACAACGAGAGCUUGAAUCAGUCGAUGUCGAGUCCCGGGGGUCUGUCCGCCCUGAGCAGCCUCACCAGCCCAGGAGGGAUGGUGUUGCCUAGUCCGUCGACCAGUGUGGCGAGUCCCUCCGUCAGCGUGGCGAGUCCCUACAUGCUGCAGAGCCCCCUGACGCCUCACGAUUCGUUCGACGUGAAGCUGCCUCCUCCGCCCCUCCAUCACCAGCCGACUCGGAAUCCCGUGGGGACUAACCCGCACGACAUCAACAAUCCGCUCAGUGUUAACCAGUUGACGGGACAGUGCGUCAGGAACGAUCCGGCCGACACAAACGGUAACAAAGAGACGGCUCGUUCGAUAAUUAGUGUUACGUAGCCUUUAGUGAAGGGGCUCGAGGGUAAGGAUAGCCUGAAACCACCUGUGAUCGUCGUAACAGCUCGUCUAGCGGGCCAGCAACUGUUGGGACUGAGUCCGAGAGCUUCGGUGGAAGGGACUGCGUUUGUAUGUGGGGCGAUGCAGCGCGCUGAUCUCAUUAGACUCGAGUGCUGCGGGUUUUUUUUACUAUGUAACAUAAAUGUCAUUUGCCAAAUUCACCUCUAUAUAUUAUAUAUAUAUUAUAAAUAUCCCUUUAUAUUUUCUAGUUAUUUAUCGAGGGUUGAAUGGUGCCACCGAAAUCAACGUACUUAAAAGUGUUCCGUAUCUUGUCGCCAGAGUUCAUUGGGAAUAAGUAUUUGCGGUACCAAGUAGACUUUACAAGAUAUACGAGUACAAAAAAAUUUGUAACCUUACUUUUGAGUCGCAUUUUCCGUAAAAGAUUUUUAAUUUUUCAAACAAAACGACAGUUUUUAUAUUACAAAGAUUUUUUUUGUGUGGG